AUGACGUUGGCUAAAUCGACUGCUGGGUCUUCGGUGUCGUCGCAUCUGUCGAUCCUAGGGACACAUCCACACCCGCACUUGCACCCGCAUCAUCUGAAAAGCAGCAGCUCGUCGGCGAGCGUCUCUGUGACCGCGGUGGAGACCACAUCUACUAUGGGAAACGCAUCGUCGGGCGAGAAGAGCUCGUCGGUGUCGGAAAAUAAGACCAAGAACCCGUCUUCGUGGGAUCCGCAAGACGACAUCCUGUUGCGCCAUCUGAAGGAGGUGAAAAAGCUGGGGUGGAAGGAUAUAUCGCAGUACUUCGCCAACAGGACUCCGAAUGCGUGUCAGUUUAGGUGGAGAAGGUUGAAAUCUGGUAAUUUAAAGUCGAACAAGACCGCGAAUGUCGACGUUACGGACUUCCCGGGGAGCGGGAAUGCGGCGGCGGAGGACGAAAAGAAGAGCAGAGGCGGGUCGCCAGCCAUGGCUAUUCCGGUCUCUGUGCCGCCGAAGUUGCAACCUGGCGUUGCUUCCGCGCCAAACUCCGUUGCUGCAACGCCAUCGUUGCCAUGCUUGAGGUCUACGUUCUCGUUGACUUCGUCUAACGCACAGAAUAAUUACCCGUCGAUCAACAGUACUAAUGGAGCAGGCUCCAAUUUCUUCAAAGCAAGGUCCAAUUCGCAUUCUUUUUCGUUAGGUCAUUAUAGCACUGCGAAUCACAGCACCGGCGGCCUCGUCAGCGGGGCCAAGAUUCCAGCGGAGGAGGAAAAUGUCGGUUUCAUACCCAAGAUUAUAGUGAAAUCAAGAAGGAACUCGUUUGCACAACCGUUAGCAGCCGCCACGAAUAGCACCACCUCUCAUCUAACCGCGGCGCUGAACACCACAUUGAAUACCACGAAAACGAGAAAAAACUCCUUUGCAGCUCGGUCGAGAAGAUCUUCUUUCAACGUCUCCAGCAACACGCCUUCCCGAAGAGGCUCCAUGAUCACUGCUCCAACUUCGUUGACCGGUAUGUUUGGCAUGUCAACUGCGUCUUCAACGCCAAAGGGCCCUAGAAGAGAUUCUACCGUGAAAAGUCGGACCCGCCGGUCAGCGUCGUCUUCUUCUACCUCAUCAGCUGCUAGCUUCAUGGAUCUUCCGCCAGGCGCCGUUCAGCACAUGCCCAGAGCUCAUACAAGGAUUCAUCCAAAAUUGCAACAACAAAAGCUACAUCAAUUACAUCCGCACCAGCCGUUUGCUCAAAAUAUUGCUAUGCCUGAAUCGCUAAGCUGGUCUACAGAAGAAGAUCAAUUGCUGAAUGAAAGUGGCUCUAGGAAUUUGUCUAUGAUGGAACUAUCUAUACUUCUGCCAAACAGGACGGAUAAAGAAAUUCAAUGGAGAUUGGACACGCUCUCAUUGACAAACUCUCCUGCAGCAUCUAAUGAAGCUUCUGAGUCACCUUUGCAUUCCCCAAGAAAAUCUAUCACACCAGAGGACACCGCUAUCGACGAGGAUACCUGUGAUGAAGCGGAACACAAUCAUCAUGAUGGUUAUGAUGAAGGUGUGGAUCCAUUGCACCAGUCAAUACCUCUUCCGUCGAUGUCGAAGGAGAAUACUCCUGCUUCAAUAAUAUCUUCAACUACAACGAAUGACGAUGCACCCACAUCUGCCGAUAACCGCCUGCGUAUCGAGGGUAUCAACGAAAAUAAGAAUGAUUUCAGGAGCUAUCACGCUCAGAAACCUAGAACUCAGCAUCCUCACACUUCAACUACAACACCACUUCCGGGGAUCAGCUCCAUCCUGAAUGGGACACUCUAA